AUGGCUGGAGGUUAUGAGAGGGUGAAUGCCCAUGAUCACGAUGAAGACGGCUUCGAAGCCCCCAACUCCGCUCCGCCAAGACGACAAUCGCAGCCCGUCCCCAACUCACCACCGCCCUCUUUCCACUCCAGAGCGUCCUCGCGCGACCGUCGUGGAGUUGAUCCCGCACUGGCAGACGCCUUCGAUACCGACGGUGACGAUAGCGAUGACGACGCCGAUGACCGACAACGCUUAGUCCGCGCCGACUCCACCCAGGCUUCCCGCGACGCAUCACGCAACCCUUCCUCGGAAUCGAGACCCCAGCCCGAACGCCAUGUCACACAACUGCCACCAACAGCCUCCACCACCGCCGGCGGCCCGACAACGCCCUUCCGCAUUUACGGCAGCGGCAUCCAGAAUGAAGGCGUCUUUUCCAACUUGACUGCGAAGCCCGAGCGUGGAGGCGAGGUGAAGGAAGAACAACCUCCCACGUACGAGCAGGCUGCUGCCGAUGCCGCUCCCCCCUACUGGGAAACCACGAUCCUCGCUCCUGGCCUCGGCGGCCCCGACGAAGUCUACAUCGACGGCAUGCCCGUGGGCUCACUCUUCAGUUUUGUCUGGAACGGCAUGAUCUCCAUGUCCUUCCAGAUCGUCGGCUUCAUCCUGACCUACCUCCUUCACUCGACCCACGCCGCCAAGAACGGUUCGCGCGCGGGCCUCGGCAUCACGCUGAUCCAGUACGGCUUCUAUAUGAAGGGAACGACGGAGGGUGACCAUCCACCCAAGAUGAACGGCCAAGACGGUUACGCUGCGCCUCCCGACCCAAAUUCUCACAACUUCGACCCCAACGCGGUUACGGGCGAGGGUGGCGGCGGCGUGGCGGACAUCACUGGACAGGAGUGGAUUGCCUACAUUCUAAUGGUAGUUGGCUGGUUCGUCCUUAUCAGAUCUGUUAGCGACUAUCUGAAGGCGAGGCGACACGAGCAGCUGGUGCUCCAGAGCCCAGACCGCGGCCUGCCCGUGCCCAUCAUUGCCGAGGGCGAAUCGACGGAGAGAGUGGUUUAG